AUGCCUUCAUCACCAAACUGGUCAAUUAAAAUCAGGCAAGAAAAAGCAUACGUUGUUCUCGCCGACGGCAAUCCGCUAACUAAGAAUGGCAAUGUGUUUUUAAAUAUUGAGCGUGCAGAAGUCGGCGAAUACAAGAGCAAGAUGGUUAUCAAG